AUGGCAAUAUGGCCCUUCGGUCGCAAGGGCAAGCGGCCCAGGAGUCAAAUGAAGGCCUCCGACGCCGCCGACCGAAGAUUAUCUCUCGAAGACUCCGCUGAACGUGCGAAAGUGGGCAGAAAACCGUCUCGGAAGCGAUCAAAACGUGAGAAACAUCGAAGUAGUCCUGCUCCUCCUCGUGCGGGUGAGACGGCCUUUGCGUAUGAUCUCGACAACCGCACCUCAGUUUCCAGUAUUGGUCAGGAUAAUUUUGCCGUCGCUCGUCCCACACCAAUGCUGCAGAAGCGGAAUUCGGGUAAUGCAAAGGGAAAUACUUUGAAGAAACGACUGAGCAAACGUUCUGCUCGCGAAUUGCAACGAGAGCGCGAGAUUAAAGCCCUGAGUUCUUCGCCUCCGUCUGGUCAUCCCCGUCUCGCGAACGCUUGGGGUUAUCAAUCGUCGGAUGUCCGUCGCGGACCCAGCGUUAACAGCCGCUAUGGAGAUCACCAUACAUCUAAUCAGAGUCUCCCAAUGGGCUCUCAGUCAUCCCUAUCGGAUAGCUCUGAUUUAUAUACAUACAAAGUCAAUGCCUUUGCAGUCUUUACUCCGCGACCCGUGAUCCGCUACUCGGAAAAUCACAUCAAACACCUCCCUCCUCGCAGUACAAACCCGUCGUCGAACUCGAUGCGCAAGGAUGCCAAUCUCGGCGAUGAAGACGACUUGAAUUCGCACAAAAGAGUCGCGGAACUUGCCGACGAUAUGGAUGCUUCUGCUUUGAGGGAGAUGUUGGAACGGGAUCGCCGACGCAGAGAAAAGAAGCGAUUGGAAGAACAAGAGCGCAGACAACGGCGUUUACAACGAAGACUCGAGCGUGAACAACAGCAGCGUCAUGAAUCCGAGCAUGCUGAAGUGGGAAACAAAGUUGAAGAAAUCGAUAUUGAUGAGCUACGCGGCCGAGACAAGACUCCUUCUCCCGCUACGUCAUCUAGACAAAUUCGUCCAGAGAGUACCGUUGACGAAGAACAUGAACUACGAGAGAAAGACUUCUUGCCGGAGCAGGAAGGAGGUUCAUGGUUACGGGGACCUUCCAACAAUAGCCAGCAACGGGAUAAACGCUUCUCUGAUAUUUCGGCGCACGUUAUUGGCAAUAUCGACGACCGGUCUCUCCGUGCCGGUAAACAGGGUCACGAUGUGAAUGCAACGUCGGAAGAAGACGUUUCAAGGCAUCGAUCACCGCUGUUCCAGGCUGUUGCUAAUAGCAGCUCCAUCCAUAUGAGCAGUAUAGCUCAAGAGUCCAUUUCGGAUAUCUCGCGUACUGAGAACUCUGAGAAACGCCUUUCAGACACUAGCAGUAGACGCAUGUCGUCUUGGAUAGCGUUCUUUAGACGAAACAGUCUGCGAAAGAGAAGGUCAAGAGACGCGCCUCCGUCGGAAUUUUCCAACACAUCUCGAGACUCCUUCAUGAAGGCGCAAUCACAUGGCGCUGGUCCGUCAUCCAUGCCGAUCCCCAUACCCGACCGAAAUGUCCGACGUGCUGGUACUGUGUACCGCGCUCAGUCGAAAUUUGUGGAACAUCUCGAUAACUAUCCCCCGUCUGCAUCCGACUCGCGCGUGCAAUCCCCUCUCCCAGUGCCUCUGGAAACGGUGCCGGACACGCCAGUUGUGGCUAAUCUGAAUUCUACUGAACCAAGUCCUCGUCAGUCCUACACCGAAGGCGACGACGACGACAACUACGAGAACGACGUCGAGCGCAGCCGUCCGAUGUCCUGGGAUGAAAAGAGUGGCAUGCAGGCACAGUCACUAGCAUCGAUCGACUCGGAAGGAUCAUGGAUGUCUGGCAGUUAUCUACGCCGAAUCUCGCAAAAGAAUCCCAAUUUUACGUCAUGGCGCAAUAGCAACGGAAUGAACAAGCUUGAUAAAUACGACGAGGCGGAAGAAAACGAGGACGACGUCGCUAACGACGAGUAUCUCAACCGACUGGCCGAGGACGCUCCAGAAACAACCUCCAACUCAGUCAGUGGUCUACGUCGAGCUAGCAGCACAGCCAUCGGAUUGGAUAUUGCCGAAGCCGAGAGUGAUGACGGUAGUAGACGAUCAUCAAACAUGGGCGACAUGGAAACCUGGCACCAGGGAAUCGAGCGCAAACCAACCGUAGUCCGUCGCGAAUCUGGACGAGCCCGCGCAAUGUCGAAAGAAGUGAUUUUUGGUGAUGCCGAUAUGUUGGACACUGAUUCCAUGAUGGAUGAGGACAAUGCAAGCCCUGUCAGUCCCGUCAGUCAGGAGGCAGAAAUCAAUCGGGCGACAAGCGUUGACUAUGGUCGUGGCCACAAACAUGCUCGUCAGAUCAGUGCUGGAAGUGCUAAAUUGCUUGAUAUCCGGUCUCACGCGUCUAUUGAUUCGUCGAGACAGUGAUGCUAUUGGUUAGGUUGGUCGAACGACAUUGAACAGACGAUUCGCAUAUUCGCAUCACGCUCAUUACAUUGCUACACGAUUAUCUCCAAAAAAAACCCCCCCCGGGAAAAAUUUGAAAACGAAAAAUUGAUUUGAUGCGCCGAUAUAAAAAAAAAAGAAAAUGAUUGAAAAGGACUUGAAAAAAAAACCGAAAAAAAAAAACACGAAAAAAACGAGCAAAACGCAGAAAAACAACACAAAAAAGAAGGAAAAUCAAAAAAGCAUCAAAUCACGAUAAUGCUUAUCCUCACGACUUUCUCAUUUGACUUUAUCCAACGCGAACUAACGAACUCGAUCUGUUUUCUGCUACUGACAAACCGACCAAUGGCGACCUGACGAUGGAUGUAUUUUGAAUGAUGUUUUUAUCUAGUGUUUCGUUGAAGUUGUAUCAGAUACCCCAUGCCCAAUGUUUAUGUAUUUAUUCGUUUAGAGUGUAUUCUAUCAGCAUGCUGCCGUUGUAUAUAUCCCGGUAUCCU